GUUGUCAUCAAAUCUUCUUAUUUUAAGUUGUAUGGCUCUUCAACAAAUUUGUAAAGAUCUUUACAAAUGUUCUUAUUGGAGUUGUAGAGCAUUUCUACAAAUAUAUCAAGGUUUUUACAAACGUUCUUAUUUGAGUUGUAGGGCAUUUCUACAAAUGUAUCAAGAUGAAGUCAAAAAGUACGUGAAUGAGUGCCCAACCUGCAUACAAAAUGGAAGCAUAAAGGAGAAGUCUGAUUUAGUACCUGUUGUAUCUAGUGGCCCGUUAGAACACCUUCAGGUCAAUUUGGUUGAUCUGCUAUCAUACGUUGAGCAUAAUGAUAGGUAUAGUUAUAUUCUAACUUUAAUUGAUAUAUUUUCGCAUUAUGUUUGGGCAAUUCUUAUUAAAGACAAGGAAGAAAAUACAAUUCAUAGCGAAUUGGUAAACGUCUUUAAGAACUUUGGUCCUUCUACUAAACUACAAGCAGAUAACAGAUCCAAGUUCAUAACUAGGACAAUACACCAGAACUAUUCUACCAGAGCACAUUCUACCGGGGACCAUUUUACCAGAAACCAUUUUGCCAGAAACUAUUUUGCCAGGGACCAUUCACCGAGAACACUGAAGCAUAUUCCACCAGAGAAUGCUGCUUCUCAAGAUAAUGAAGCCUUAUAUGAACUUCAUGCAAUGCAAGUAAAACAUGUGCAUGAUGAAGUUGCGCAAAAUGAUGAAACUUAUCAAAAUAAGCUGGUAAUUCGCGGAAGUGUUCAUAGAAGAAAAGUAACAUUUGAACUGGAAGAUAAAGUUGUGGUUGUACCUGAUUUUGAUAAUAACCAAAAAACGUGA